AUGGGCAAGAGGAAGCUUGUGAGCAUCCUGAAACGACCUAUUCCUGCCACGGGACUCGUCGACCGGCAAGCGGCGUCCGCCAUUACACACGUGCUGCAUGCAGACGCCACCGGCACCGAGGGAGCUUCCAUCAAGUCGCUCACCCUCGGCCCAGCCAUCCAGGCGAAGAAGGCCACCUACGCAGUCACAUGCGAGACGCUCCGCAUGCUCCCUGUCAUCCAGCAGCUGGUCAGCACGGCAGAGCUGAUGGGGCUAGACCCCAGGCUCUCCCGGGAGACGGCCUUCGUGCUCUGUUACGAGCUGCUGUUUGGCGAGGGCCUCCGGCAGAAGGGCCCUGCAGAGCGGCUAGUGCUGAGCGCACGGCCGGCCCUGGAGCAGGAGCUCGCGGCGAUGCUGGCUGAAGCGGGAGUGGCGAACGCGCGGGAGCUGAUCAGCGAGUCAGCGCAGAGCGCCGCCGCGCAACGUCGGCCGCGGUCCGCGCGCGUGAACACGCUGAAGAUGUCCGUGGCAGAGGCACUGACCUGGCUCAGGACGCCAAAGGGGAAGCAGCAUUUGAAGCUGGCUGAGUUGGGCGCGCAAGUGACUCAGGAUGAGCUGCUGCCGGACGUGCUGCUCUUCCCGCCGGCUACGGAUUUGCAUGAUCACCCGCUUGUGAAGAACUCCUGCCUCAUUCUGCAGAGCAAGGCGUCGUGCAUGCCGGCACAUGCGCUGGAGCCUCAGCCUGGCUGGGAUGUACUGGAUGCCUGUGCAGCUCCCGGCAACAAGACCACCCAUCUUGCAGCGCUGAUGGAAGGGAAGGGCCGCGUGCUGGCGUUUGAUAAGGACCCCAAGCGGCUGAAGCGGCUCAAGGCAAAUGCGGCUGCAACAGGCGCAGACUGCAUCACUGCGCGCGUGGCAGAUUUCCUGCAGCUUCCUCUUGCCACGUCCCCAGAAUUCAGGAAUGUGAGGGGUGCGUUGGUGGACCCUUCGUGCAGCGGCUCCGGCACAACGCUCUCGCGCAUGGACUUCCUGCUGCCGUCACAUGCAGCACAGCAUUCUCCGAGGAGCGAGGGGGAUCGCAUCGAGCGGCUGGCGCGGUUUCAGGAGGCAGUGGUCCUUCACGCGCUGACGCUGCCGGCGCUGCAGCGGCUGGUGUACUCCACUUGUUCGGUGCAUGAGCGCGAAAACGAGGCCGUCGUGGCCGCCGUGCUGCCGCGCGCGAGGGAGCUGGGGUUUGAGCUGGCGGCCCCCUUCCCGGGCUGGCCCCGGCGCGGCUUGGCCAGCAGCGUGGAGGGCGCGGAGCGGCUGGUGCGCACGCACGCCGUCGAGGACGGGACGGAUGGGUUCUUCCUGGCUGUGUUCCAGCGCAAAGCGGAGUCUUAG